CCACAUUCCCACAUUCCUCAGAUAAAGCGGUUGGGAGCUGCUCUUCCUCCAGGCUCGGGGCUGAGGGAUCGGGGCUCUGGGCUGGGGAAGCUUGUGUGUCAGUGUAGGUGCGUCCCUAAAGCCCCCACUAAAGCUAAGAUAGGCGUAUCUCCCUCCCUCAUGUGUGCCAGACAAAACCCAUUUGUUUCUGAUCUGUUCCCUGGAUUUGGUCCUGACAGCUCAGGGUGUGCAACUGAGAACUACCAAGAGACAGAGAAUGAGAAGAGAGAGAAAAGAGAGAGAGAACACUUUUUGCGGGAUAUGAUGACAUGGGUGACGGAAUGCCUGUAUCAUAUGGAAGCCAUCAAUUCCAUCGCUCUCACUCGCUUAUCCAUCUCUCUAUCUCUCCAUUCCUUCAUUCCUUUAUUAAUCUGUCCUCCGACCACACAAUGUGUGCCCUUAACAGAGUCCAUCCGCAGUGUCAUGGCGACCGAGCAUAAACAGUGUGUUUCAGAAACCACUCGGGGGCAUUUAAGAUCUUAUUGAGUGUAAUAUUAUCCUGUAUACUGUAAACUGUCAACACCAUCCACUUACCACAGCCCAGCACUUCUCCAUAAUGUAGCCGUAGCCCCCGACGGCGGGCGGUCACGCUCACGUCAGAGUUUGUUUGGGAAAUAUUCACACUUGGAUCUGUUACUGUGAGGCUUUCUUCUUUCUCUUUCCUGUCUUCCAUCCCUCGGGGGGUUGGUGAUAAAGUCAGAGCCGUGGAUAAACAGAGGGUAGAGCAGGCUGUCUUAAACCUGGGCAGGGUAUCCACAGCCUCCAGGCUGUUAGGACAACACACUCACAUCUAUUUCUCAUUCCUACACUGACCAGCAGCCCUACCCUGGCUCUGUCCAGGUAAACUGUCAGUUAGUUACAGUAUCUCUGAUCUCUGCUAGGGUAGCUAGUGGGUGUGAAUGUGCAAGCGACUUGAAUAUGGAUGUGGUAGAGUGUUAAUUAAAUCAUUGUUUUAUUGUCACAUACACCAGAUAGGUGCAGUGAAAUGUGUUGUUUUACAGGGUCAGCCAUAGUAGUACGGGCCCCUGGAGAAAAUUAGGGUUAAGUGCCUUGCUCAAGGGCACAUUGACAGAUUUUUCACCUUGUCGGCUCAGGUAUUUGAAUCAGAGAUCUUUCGGUUACUGGCCCAACGCUCUAACCGCUAGGCUACCUGAGAUGUGGUGCCAGCCUAAAGGUGUCUCUGUUUUUAUCUCUGGUGUCAGAUCAUGCAGGAGAACGAGAGAAAGAGGAAGAUGAUAGUGGUGAAAACAGAACAGACAGCUGCAUGUUUACUCCAAACAAGGCUCUCAUUUACUGGGGAAUCACCUUCAAGAGGAAUCUGGGAUGAAACAACACUCAACAUCUAAAUUACAUACACAACUAGGACACAAAUAUUCAUCAGCAUAGCUCAGGGAUAGAUACAGUGAGGGAAAAAAGUAUUUGAUCCCCUGCUGAUUUUGUAAGUUUGCCCACUGACAAAGACAUGAUCAGUCUAUAAUUUUAAUGGUAGGUUUAUUUGAACAGUGAGAGACAGAAUAACAACAAAAAAAUCCAGAAAAACGCAUGUCAAAAGUAUUAUAAAUUGAUUUGCAUUUUAAUGAGGGAAAUAAGUAUUUGACCCCUCUGCAAAACAUGACUUAGUACUUGGUGGAAAAAUCCUUAUUGGCAAUCACAGAGGUCAGACGUUUCUUGUAGUUGGCCACCAGGUUUGCACACAUCUCAGGAGGGAUUUUGUUCCACUCCUCUUUGCAGAUCUUCUCCAAGUCAUUAAGGUUUUGAGGCUGAUGUUUGGCAACUCGAACCUUCAACUCCCUCCACAGAUUUUAUAUGGGAUUAAGGUCUGGAGACUGGCUAGGCCACUCCAGGACCUUAAUGUGCUACUUCUUGAGCCACUCCUUUGUUGCCUUGGUCGUGUGUUUUGGGUCAUUGUCAUGCUGGAAUACCCAUCCACAACCCAUUUUCAAUGUCCUGGCUGAGGGAAGGAGGUUCUCACCCAAGAUUUGACGGUACAUGGCCCCGUCCAUCGUCCCUUUGAUGCAGUGAAGUUGUCCUGUCCCCUUAGCAGAGAAACACCCCCAAAGCAUAAUGUUUCCACCUCCAUGUUUGACGGUGGGGAUGGUGUUCUUGGGGUCAUAGGCAGCAUUCUUCCUCCUCCAAACACGGCGAGUUGAUUUGAUGCCGAAGAGCUUGAUUUUGGUCUCAUCUGACCACAACACUUUCACCCAGUUCUUCUCUGAAUCAUUCAGAUGUUCAUUGGCAAACUUCAGACGGCCCUGUAUAUGUGCUUUCUUGAGCAGGGGGAUCAAAAUCAGAAAUCAGCAGGGGAUCAAAUACUUUUUUCCCUCACUGUAUACUGUACAUGAUUACAUCGGAUCUCUCUCUUUUUCCAUCUCUUUGACUUUGCAAUCACAAUCUGCAAUAUUUCAAACUUUGAACCUUGCCAAGUUUUUAGGAUGAUUAGCUGUUUUUGGUAAGAUCUCUGCAUUUUGUAACGUCAGUCAACUUUUCUCCCCCAACCUCUUCGCUGUCCUAUCUGUCUCUCUCUUUCUCCACUCCCUCGCUCUCACCAUCUUUUCCAGAGUGAUAUUGGGCAGAGUGUACACAGCUGUUUUGUAACCCUUCACCAGGGUCUCUCUUUGCACCUGGAAUCCCUAAACCCCUCUCCAUUCCGCCUCUAUUUGUACCCAGCUCUGCUGAGAAAACAAGCCUAUCUGAAACCACCCCCCCCCCCCCCCCCACACACACACACACACACAGACAGGAUUCAAUAAGGACUGCCUCGAUCAAUGAGACACAGAAUGGCUUCAGAGAGUGACAGAGAGACAAAGAGAAAAAAGAAGGAAGGAGUAAAAAAGAACUGAGAGGAAUGUAAAUGUAAGAAAAACAGGCUGAGUGAGACAGGGGAAAGGAUGUAGGUAGAAGACAGAGGGAAGACAGAGGGAAGACAGAGGGAAGACAGAGGGAAGACAGAGAAGAGACAGAGAAGAGACAGAGAAGACACAGAGAAGACACAGAGAAGACACAGAGAAGAGACAGAGAGGAGACAGAGAAGAGACACAGAGACAGGUGUUCAUGUGUUUUAAAAGGUGAGAACGGGGUGAGGAGGGAUAAGGUCAAAUCCCCACUACUGUAGUUUUGCACUCUCUCCACGUCCUGCCUGCCUCAGUGGAAAGCCCUGUUCCACAUCUGUUGAGAGUUGAAAAGGGCACUGUUAUUCUUCCAACUAAGCCCCAAACCAAACACGACGUCUCAGUUUCAGCGACUGCAUCCGUCUCUGUCCCCCCGUCAAGCCGUCUGUCUUCACUCUGACAGCUCCAGCCCUGGACAGGAAGACGCACGUACCUAGGAAGAUGCACCAGAGGUCUGUAUGAUGUAUACACACUGGGCCCGAAUCAGGAUUCAUUUGGUGUAGGAUUCACAGAACUGUGUGUAUCUAAGGAGUCAGCCUGUCUUAGCCUUAGCCUGCAGGGUGGGUGUGUGUGCGUCCCAUCAGUGUGUGUUUAUGUGUGUGUACUGUGUGUAUGUGUGUGUACUGUGUACUGGGAGUGGCCAUAGGGUCCCCUCCUGUGUGUCCUCAAGGCCAGAGUUGUCCGCUGACGCCCCCCGCAUGCUAACAGGCCUGUGAGAGGCUCUUCAGACAACUCCAACACACUGGGCCAGAACCGCCCGGUGACAAGUGUGGAGGGACAAGAGCCAGCAGGCACAGAGGAAUGCAGCGCACACUGUGUGCCAGACCCUACUUUGUGUGUGUGUGUGUGUGUGUAUGUUUGUCUCUUUCUGUGUGUGGUUUUUGAAUGGAAUUGUACUGACUGGCUUGUUUGGUUUGCAAUACUGCUUGUUUGCCUUUAGCAGACUUGUUUCCCUAACCAACCAACUAUCUGUUUCUAUGUACAAUGUCCCUCUCCAUUUCCUCUGCAUUACAAAUUCUCUAUUCCUCAUUGUAGUGCGUGCGUGCCUGCAUUCGUGAGUGCGUGCAUGCCUGCCUGCCUGCGUACAUGCGUGCGUGAGUGUGUGUGUGUUAUCCCUUCUGACCUGGGUCGGAUCACUUAGGGGAUUAUGGGUAUUAGAGUCUUUACCUACGGUGAGAAAAGGCAACAUCAUCAGUCUAUCUGUGACAGGCCUGAUGCAGUCCCAGGGUACGUUCUGCUGGCGUUGUAAAGGUAUAACAAGCCCAAACCUGUCUCUCACCCCUCUACUAACCCCUUUACACACAAAUGGACAUGCACACACAGAUCAUACACAUCCAUUCAAAUAAUUCACACACCACAACACAGCCAUCAUCCAACCCCUUACACAUACAAAAUAUUACUCUUCAACACUCACUCACAGAUCAUGUCCAACCCCAUUAUACACCACACAUUAUACCACCUCCUCCUACCUGCCCCCAUUUGAGUUUUCUCCCAGUAACACACCUUGGUCAGUAAUCCCUCCUGUGUGUAGACAGGCUGAGUGUAUUCUACCUGAUGGAUCAUCACCCACUGCUGUCUGAGAGAGAGGAGCAUUGUGAAAGCGGGGAUAGGGAUAGGGAUAGGCUGGAUUAGGGUUACUAACAGGGAUAGGCUGGAUUAGGGUUAUUAACAGGGAUAAACUGGGUUAGGGUUAUUAACAGGGAUAGGCUGGAUUAGAGUUACUAACAGGGAUAGGCUGGGUUAGGGUUACUAACAGGGAUAGGCUGGGUGAGGGUUAUUAACAGGGAUAGGCUGGGUGAGGGUUAUUAACAGGGAUAGGCUGGAUUAGGGUUAUUAACAGGGAUAGGCUGGAUUAGGGUUAUUAACAGGGAUAGGCUGGGUUAGGGUUAUUAACAGGGAUAGGCUGGGUUAGGGUUAUUAACAGGGAUAGGCUGGAUUAGGGUUAUUAACAGGGAUAGGCUGGAUUAGGGUUAUUAACAGGGAUAGGCUGGGUUAGGGUUAUUAACAGGGAUAGGCUGGGUUAGGGUUAUUAACAGGGAUAGGCUGGGUGAGGGUUAUUAACAGGGAUAGGCUGGAUUAGGGUUAUUAACAGGGAUAGGCUGGAUUAGGGUUAUUAACAGGGAUAGGCUGGAUUAGGGUUAUUAACAGGGAUAGGCUGGGUUAGGGUUAUUAACAGGGAUAGGCUGGGUUAGGGUUAUUAACAGGGAUAGGCUGGAUUAGGGUUAUUAACAGGGAUAGGCUGGAUUAGGGUUAUUAAAAGGGAUAGGCUGGAUUAGGGUUAUUAACAGGGAUAGGCUGGGUUAGGGUUAUUAACAGGGAUAGGCUGGGUGAGGGUUAUUAACAGGGAUAGGCUGGAUUAGGGUUAUUAACAGGGAUAGGCUGGAUUAGGGUUAUUAACAGGGAUAGGCUGGGUUAGGGUUACUAACAGGGAUAGGCUGGGUUAGAUCCUAAUGAUGACCUCUUGACCUGUGGCUGUAGAGUCUCCUUCUGGGGUGUCAAAUGUAUAACACUGUUAUAGUUUUGAGCUAGGGCCAGAGUUUUUCAUGGUCAGGUCACAUGAUCAAGAAAACCUUUAUAGGCCUUUAAAUUAGAUAUUGUAGUCUAUUGAUUCAUUUUUCUCUGUUAAAAUCAUAAUUAUAUAUGAUGACUACUCAUCUCAUAUGUAUAUACUGCAUUCUAUUCUAUAAUAUUAUUCUGUAUCUUAGUCCAUGCCGCUCUGUCAUUGCUGCCAUUGCUUGUCCAUAUAUGUAUAUAUUCUUGAAUCCCAUUCCUUACUUUUUUGUGUGUAUUGGGUAUAUGUUGUGUAAUUGUUAGAUAUUACUGCACUGUCGGAGCUAGAAGCAUAAGCAUUUCACUACACCCGCUAUAACAUCUGCUAAACACGUGUAUGUGACAAAUAAAAUUUGACUUGAUUUGAUUUUAUACACCCAUUGACUCUAAACCUAUGCAAUAUGUCCACCUGGCCCCUUUGCAUCAGUAUAACAUGGAUGCAGUACAUAUGCUAGCAGGCCUGGUGAAAAGCCUCCAUGUAUUUGUAAUUGGGUGUUGUUAUAAGGAUAAACACUAUCUACAAUGUUUUGAGCACGUCAAGUGUUCACUGUGUGUUCCUGUGUGUGCGAUGAGUGCCGUGUGUGUUUAACCGUGUGUGUUCAACACGUUUGUGUUGACUGACGUGGGUUCACAGUGAUUUUAAACCUUGCCCCCACCACCUCUCACACACACACACAUGUGGACACACUAUUUCCUUGGUGGUCAUGGAUGCGGUGGUCUUUGAGACCCCUGUUCUGAAGCGUUCAGCCACAGUACUUAACACAUGUCACUGCCCACCUUGUGCUCCUGAAAGGAAGGACAGAUGUGUACGCUAAUUGAGUGACAGCUUUACACAGAAACAUGCAAACCUAAAAUAAGCCUCUCUGCCCUCUCUGACUCACAGAAUAAUCCCAGGGACACUCAACACAAGGCCCUUUCCGCCUGGGUGAAAUGUGUUUUUUCAAACCACAAAUCAAUGAUAGAGUUUCAAGGUUUGAUUUAUUUUCAGUCAAAUUUACCUCAACCAAAACUGGAUGAUUCAACGUUUUUGUCCAGUGGGUUCCAGGAUUUUACGUGUUAGUCUAAAGCAUUACUAUAGUCCACUCGCUCGCUUGCCCCUCUCUUUCUAUCUUUUAGUGUCUCUCUCUCUCUCUCUCUCUCUCUCUCUCUCUCUCUCUCUCUCUCUCUCUCUCUUUCUUUCUUUCUCUUUAAUUUAAGGGGCUUUAUUGGCAUGGGAAACAUGUUUACAUUGCCAAAGCAAGUGAAAUACAGUGCUUUGCAAAAGUAUUCAUCCCCCUUGGAGUUUUUCCUAUUUCGUUGCAUUACAACCUGCAAUUUAAAUGGAUAUUUAUUUGGAUUUCAUGUAAUGGACAUACACAAAAUAGUCCAAAUUGGUGAAGUGAAAUGAAAACAAUAACGGAAAAGUGGUGCUUGCAUAUGUAUUCACCCCCUUUGCUAUGAAGCCACUCAAUAAGAUCUGGUGCAACCAAUUACCUUCAGAAGUCACAUAAUUAGUUAAAUAAAGUCCACCUGUGUGCAAUCUAAGUGUCACAUGAUCUCAGUAUAUAUACACCUGUUCUGAAAGGCCCCAGAGUCUGCAACACCACUAAGCAAGGGGCACCACCAAGCAAGCGGCACCAUGAAGACCAAGGAGCUCUCCAAAGAGGUCAGGGACAAAGUUAUCGAGAAGUACAGAUCAGGGUUGGGUUAUAAAUAAAUAUCCGAAAAUUUGAACAUCCCACAGAGCACCAUUAAAUCCAUUAUAAAAAAAUUGAAAGAAUAUGGCACCACAACAAACCUGCCAAGAGAGGGCCGCCCACCAAAACUCACGGACCAGGCAAGGAGGGCAUUCAUCAGAGACAACAAAGAGACCAAAGAUAACCCUGAAGGAGCUGCAAAGCUCCACAGCGGAGAUUGGAGUAUCUGUCCAUAGGACCACUUUAAGCUGUACACUCCACAGAGCGGCCAGAAAAAAAGCCAUUGCUUAAAGAAAAAAAUAAGCAAACACGUUUGGUGUUCGCCAAAAGGCAUGUGGGAGACUUCCAAAACAUAUGGAAGAAGGUACUCUGGUCAGAUGAGACUAAAAUUGAGCUUUUUGGCCAUCAAGGAAAACACUAUGUCUGGUGCAAACCCAACACCUCUCAUCACCCCGAGAACACCAUUCCCACAGUGAAGCAUGGUGGUGGAAGCAUCAUGUUGUGGGGCUGUUUUUCAUUGGCAGGGACUGGGAAACUGGUCAGAAUUGAAGGAAUGAUGGAUGGCGCUAAAUACAGGGAAAUUCUUGAGGGAAACCUGUUUCAGUCUUCCAGAGAUUUGAGACUGGGACGGAGGUUCACCUUCCAGCAGGACAAUGACCCUAAGCAUACUGCUAAAGCAACACACAAGUGGUUUAAGGGGAAACAUUUAAAUGUCUUGGAAUGGCCUAGUCAAAGCCCAGACCUCAAUCCAAUUGAGAACCUGUGGUAUGACUUAAAGAUUGCUGUACACCAGCGGAACCCAUCCAACUUGAAGGAGCUGGAGCAGUUUUGCCUUGAAGAAUGGGCAAAAAUCCCAGUGGCUAGAUGUGCCAAGCUUAUAGAGACAUACCCCAAGAGACUUCCAGCUGUAAUUUAUGCAAAAGGUGGCUCUACAAAGUAUUGCCUUUGGGGGGGUGAAUUGUUAUGCACGCUCAAGUUCUGUUUUUUUGUCUUAUUUCUUGUUUGUUUCACAAUAAAAAAUAUUUUGCAUCUUCAAAGUGGUAGGCAUGUUGUGUAAAUCAAAAGAUACAAACCCCCCCAAAAAUCUAUUUUUAUUCCAGGUUGUAAGGCAACAAAAUAGGAAAAAUGCCUAGGGGGGUGAAUACUUUCACAAGCCACUGUAGAUAAUAAACUAAAGUCAAAUAAACAAUACAAAUUAACAGUAAACAUUACACUCACAACAGUUCCAAAAUAAUAAAGACAUUUCAAGUGUCAUAUUAUGUCUACUGCACUGUCGGAGUAAUGAUGUGCAAAUAGUUAAAGUACAAAAGGGAAAAUAAAUAAACAUAAAUAUAGGUUGUAUUUACAAUGGUGUUUGUUCUUCACUAGUUGUCUUUUUCUUGUGGCAACAGGUCACAAAUCUUGCUGCUGUGAUUGCACACUGUGGUAUUUCACCCAGUAGAUAUGGGAGUUUAUCAAAAUUGGAUUUGUUUUCACAUAUUUGUGGGUUAGUGAAAUCUGAGGGAAAUAUGUGUCUCUAAUAUGGUCAUACAUUUGGCAGGAAGUUAGGAAGUGCAGCUCAGUUUCCAGCUCAUUUUGUGGGCAGUGUGCACAUAGCCUGUCUUCUCUUCCUUCCACUCUCUCUCUCCUCUCUCUAUCUCUCUGACUCUCUCGUUAUCUCUCACUUGUCUUUCUCCCUCUCUCUCUUGUUCAACUCUCUCUCUCUCUCUCUCUCUCUCUCUCUCGCUCUCUCUCUCUCCUCCCUCUCUCUGUCUCUCUGACUCUCUCUUUAUCGCUCACUCGUCUUUCGCUCUCUCUCUCUCUUGUUCAACUCUCUCCCUCUCUCUCUCUCUCCCUCUCUCGCUCUCACACUUUACCGCCCUCUCUCUCUCUGAGGCAAGGACACUGAGUGACUGUGUGGAAGUGAGAGGAGAGGUGGCGUUAGCAGUUUGCUCAUCAGGGUAGUAUCUCCACUCCAAUAACAAUUACAUCAAGUGGUGUGGUAAAUGAGGUGGCCCGUGGUUCAAUGACUGGGGCUAAUCACUACAGUCUGCUCACUAAAACACAGUGAUAAUGAUAGGCAGUAGGCAGAGGAGGAGUCAGCUGCUGCUGGCAAUGCUUGAUUUAACACACAGUCCUCCUUCUGCACUGUUAUCCGCAGAUAGACAAGUGUGCACACACACACAGACACAGAAAUACACGCACGCACGCACACUCACACAUACACAUAGCCUACACGCAUCUUCACACAGCUUUUUUUGUGGAUGGGAAUAGAUGGAACCAUGCCCAGAUGAAAUGAAGGCUCUUUAACCUGUACUCAACUCUGCCGUCCAUGACAAUACUGAGAUGAGAUCCAAACUGCUGGGCCAGGUUUAAAAACACACUUACACUGAUCCAACAUUGAGUGGAUGGAUGGUCAGAGGGAGACAGAGCAUCUGUUUUACAGUAUGUCUCUAUUCCUCUGGCAUCGUACCUCAGAGAGAGAAGUGUCUGACUCUGUUCUUUGGGAUGGAAACUGGCCUGUCAUGAGGUGAUCUAUCAAAAGAAGCUAUCCUGCUCUGUUAUUACCUCCUCUAUCAUCAGAAAGACACUGUAAAUCCCUGGACAAAUUUAUAUGAGUAGCCAGUGACAUGUGGUUUGUAUUGGCCCUUAGACAGCUUGCCCAGGAUCAGAUUUGUUGCUAUUCUUUUAAUGGUCAGUGUUAGGAUUGGGUUUGGGAGAGCUGAUCUGGAAUAAUAAUAAUAUGCCAUUUAGCAGACGCUUUUAUCCAAAGCGACUUACAGUCAUGCGUGCAUAAUUAUUUUUGUGUAUGGGUGGUCCCAGGGAUCGAACCCACUACCUUGGCGUUACAAGCGCCGUGCUCUACCAGCUGAGCUACAGAGGACCACGGAUAGACAAGUGGAAUCAGUUUUGAAGGUCACAGAGUAUGAGGAGGAGUCAGUGUUGGCUUCAGCCAGGCCUGAGCAGGUGCUGUAGGGCUGUGUGACCAGCUGGUAUUGGUAAUGUCUGGGCUGGGCCAUCCAUGAUAUCGGGGUGGGCUGCUUUGGUCCACUGGGUCUUGGCCUCUGGAUCUGGACCAGGCUUUUGUUACUGCUGUCCUCUGGUCUUGAGCUCAGAACAAUAUGAGCUGCAUCGCUAAACUCUCUGUGUGAGCGUUUGGCUAUGAAACUCUUUAAUGGGCCCACUGUGUAAAUAUUAGCCGUGGGUUGGCAUUUUAAAUCAAUUUUAAAUGUGAAGAUAAAACUUGCCCUUUGAAAAGUCACAAUGGCUGAGUUUGAGAUAAUGUCCUCUUGGAGUGGUGUGUGUGGAUUUGGAAUGUGUCCUAUUAAGGUAGCAAGCAUGUCUUUGAUCACACUUGAAAUGCUGCAGAAGGUGUGAAUGUGAAAUACUGCCUCUUAAGGUGGUAUGUGUUCAUUUGAGUUUGGUCCUCUUAAGGUGGUUUGUGUGGAUGUGGAUGUAUCCGUGAGGCUCUGGUUGUGGACUGAUGGAGGAGGCUUUGACAGACACUUAGUGCCGAGGAGAGGGGGUGGGGUGAGGGGGUGAGGAGAGGCGGGAUAGGGGGCCUAGAGGGGUGAGAUUGAGGGGGCCAGGUGUUGUGGCUUGGCGCUGGCAUGCCUGGCACUCAGAGGGCGCUCUAUGUUUAGCCCUUACAUGAUUUUACAUGUGCUGUUUUUCCUGGGCCUGCUGCUGUUUGUUGAUGGGACAGAAUGGUUCCCCCUCUCGCACUCUCACUGGCAUCUACCGGCCCCUCUGGUUCCACUGUACCCAUGCUACAUCUGACACAAGCACUUCCUUCUUUCUCUCCUUCUUUAAUUCCUUCCAUCCAACCUUCUUUCCCACUUUUCUCCUUCUUCCCCCUCUUCUCAUCCCUUCAUUUCCCAACCUUGAAUACAACAAAUAUCCAACAGAGUCACUUAGCCUGCUUUUUUUCCAUCUCCCCACAGAACACUAUCACUCACCUUAGUCAAUUUCACCCAACUAUGAUUUGUGUGAGACCUCCCUACUGGAUGAUAAUAAUAAUAAUAUGCCAUUUAGCAGACGCUUUUAUCCAAAGCGACUUACAGUCAUGUGUGCAUACAUUUUUUACUUAUGGGUGGUCCUGGGGAUCGAACCCACUACCCUGGCGUUACAAGCGUCAUGCUCUACCAAUUGAGCUACAGAGGACCACAAUGACUGGUGGUUUGUGUGAGCGCUGUGGAGCCUUGUCAUGGGUGGGUGAUUGAGACCAGACAUUGUGGUUUUCUCUCUCACCACUGCCCCCUCCACCCUAUACUGGGUUCAGGGUUGGUUUGGCCCAGGGCAGUGCGGGUUGGAGUUCCCUGGGGUGCAGUAAAGUGAUAGGGAGGUGCAGGGGUUCAAAUCGCCCCCGGAGAGAGGGGUCAGAUGUCAAAGCCUGUGAGCGGGGUCAGGGUCACCAUAGUCAAACAUGGGAUGAGGUAGGCCCUUCCUGUACAGAUCACUGCUGUUUAUACAUUUACCGCAUGCGUGGGUGCGUGCACGUUUGUGUUUAAUGAGAGGGCUAGGCAGCUCUGUUUGCUCUAAGCUGAAGCCUCAUCUAUCCACCAUAUUAAACUUCACCUUCCUUCCCUCAGCAGCCCCGCCACCUACUCAGCAGCUCCUAAGAUGGACGACCCCGGGGUCAUACCAGUCACCUCACUCAGACACUGGCCAAAUACUGAGGCCCUGGCUGAAUAAUGGUCUGUCAGUGACCUCUAACCCCUGGCCUGGCUCUUAUGUCAGAUCAAUAUUCUCCAGUCCUAUGGGAGUGGAUUGUCUGAUAAUGAUAGGUAGCAUCCAGCCAUCUAGACAGGCAUCUAUUAGUGCUCCCAGCUCAUGCUCCAUCAAUGUCUUUAUCUUCUGUAGAUCUAGGUGUCUGUGUUUCUAUGAUCUAGGCUAGGGCUAUAUGCUACACUUGCUAGUUUUGUCCAAGGUGUGCCAUUUUUUGUGGGGUUAUUUUAACAAGGCUUGUGGCCUCUUGAGUUAUGUGGCUUCUGAGAUAGACAGAGAGCACCCUGAGAUCUGUGUGUGUGUGUGUAACCUGGGGUUUGAGCACCCCACGCAUGUAAGAAGAGGUAGAACAUAGCAUUGUCGUAAGUCAGUGUGAUGGCAACCUGUGUUAGGGUCGGCCUUGAGACCAGAGGGUAAUGGUAUUGGCUGUCAGCCCCUGGGGUUAGGCACUGAGUGAGUGACCGAGCCCUGCUGUGUGUGUGCGUGCGUGUGUGUUGAAUGACACUCACCCCAUGCUGCCUCUUUCACCCUUUGACCACCAGAAUAGGAUCAUCAUUCAUUAACCUGUCCUGUACUGUGAGUUAACUUCUUAUGUCAUUCAUGGAAAACAGCUGAGAAUCACUGUUAACUUCUCUUUCUCUCUUUGUCUCUCUCAUUAACACUCUGGUUCUCACUCUGGUUCUCACUCUGGUUCUCACUCUGGUUCUCACACUGGUUCUCACACUGGUUCUCACUCUGGUUCUCACUCUCUAUCUCUUGCUUUCACUGACUGUAAAACACAUUAUAAUGUUCUUGCCAUGUAGGACCUACCUCACACAAACAGCCAUGUGUUUUCAAUCUAAAAUUCAAUAACUCUUGUCCCUGUCUGAGCAGCUCUGACAAAACCUUUUGUUCCCAGGGCAAUGUACCACAACAAAAGAGUAAAGUGUCUAUUUUCUAGUUUCUCUUUUCUCAUCUCUUUUUGCUGUCAACGCCCAGUCUGACUCUGAACCCUGGCAGAGAGCUCGGUGCGUGUGUGUCUGCACAGAUGUGUGUGAUCAGUGGAGGUAAUGAUGUCUGAACCAUGGCUGGUGCUGGUGGUGUUGGUGGCACAGUGCUAUGAAUGAUGGGCCAGGUGGAUGGAGGUCCUCCUGCCCUGAGGGAGAGGGGGAAACACCAGGUAGAGGGAAAAAUGUGGUCUCUAACUCAAUUGGUAGAGCAUGGCGCUUGUAACGCCAGGGUAGUGGGUUCCAUCCCCGGGACCACCCAUACGUAAAAAUGUAUGCACACAUGACUGUAAUUCGCUUUGGAUAAAAGCGUCUGCUAAAUGGCAUAUUAUAUUAUUAUAUUAUUUAUAAAUAGACUCCAUAUGGUGACAUCAGUGCCCAGGGCCAAAUGACCAGAGAUGUAUUAGCCUCUGCCCCGUCGGGCCACAGUGGUGUUACCUAUCUAAAGAGCUCCCCCUAGAGGUCAGGGACAUGAACUACGGAAUGUGUGUGUGUGUGUGUGUGUGUGUGUGUGUGUGUGUGUGUGUGUGUGUGUGUGUGUGUGUGUGUGUUUGUGCGCGUGUGUGUAGAACACACAGCAAAUGUCGGGGGAACAGAUAUGAAGGGAAUAUUCUAAAACCAAAGCACAGAGACUGUGGUUUGUCAGACACAUUGCUUUUAGCAAUGUAAAAAACUAUGUAAUUCUGUGAGAGAGCAGUUGAACCUUGUAAUGUUUGCCCGCAUGACCAUUUAGUUUGUAUUUAGUCAUUUGUUAUAGUUCCAUUGUGUGGCUUGGUACAGGUCAGCGGUUUCAUGUGGUCUGUGGAGGGAAAGUGUCUACUUUUGUCUCCUAUUGUUAUAAAACCAUUGGAAUCUGACCUCGCUCUGACCCCACUGUAAUCAUGUGUUAUAGAAAACACCAGGAAAGCUUUCUCUUUCUCCCUCCCCCAUUUCUCUCUUCUUCCCCAUCCUGCUCUCAACCAGGGUGCAAACCAUUCAUUACCUGUGUUUGGUCACCAGAGAGAAAGAGAAGGGGGGAAAGAGAGGAGGAGAGGAGUGAAAAGAAGGAUUAUCGUUAUGAGAGUGCUUUGUUAAGAGUGCUAGUCCCUGAAUCCUACAUGAGCCUGUCUAAGUGGCUGUGAGUAAUUCAGCCAAUCAGGCGUCAUUAAUCCCAAAGACGGAUAGAGAUAGGAUUUGUGUGUCUUCAUUUUUAAACUCUAUUGGCUCAUCGCGUCACAUGAAUGAAUUUAACAAAUGAAGGUGUUGAUUUCUUAAUGACGUCAUUCGUUUUUGAGUUGUCAGCCUCACAGCUAGUUCUUUAUUUCCUUGUCUGCCACAAUGAUGUUCGUUGUGAGAGACUUUGAGCGAACUCACAAAAUAACUCUGACAAAACCCUGAUGCUGAUUUCCCCAUUGAGCUCUGUCUGUACAUUAUGGUUCAGGAUUAUGUCUCAGUGUGGAUUGAUAUUAGGUACUAUCAGUCACAAGGCUCUCUUAGGUGUCUCUAGGAGGGUCAGAGUAAUCCUCUCUGUGGUCCCUGUUAGCUCCUCUGACAUAAAUCCUCUGCUCAUCACUUUCAGAAAGGUGACCACCCUCGCCUCUCAAUCUUACUCUCUUCUCUAAUCCGUGCUAAUCUUUAAGGCAGGUCCCAGGUCAGAUUUGAGUGACAGGUGAGAGCAGCUAAAGGUACACACAGGUUGAAAGGUAGCAUUACAAGCUUAGAGAGAUGGACAGACCAAGCUGGCUAUCCCACAAUGCCGCUUACUGAGGAAGUGAUACAGUACUUACUGGUGGCUCUCUGGGUUUUGGUUGCCCUCUGUCAGUUAUGGUAUCAGUGAAAGGCUCAGAAACUGAGGCUGAUGGAGGCCAUGCUGUGCUGCCUGGAGUCACAGCACUCAGCUGGAGCAUGAAAAAAGUUGGCCUUUAAGAGAGAAAACAAGGUUUCAGUUUCAUGUUUGACCAGGCUAUAAUUAGAGAGAAAAAUAUGAGAAUUUAGCUGACAAAUCACACAAAAAGACACACUCUCACACAGAAUAUAGGACACACAUGGGAUGCACACACACACAUGCAAGCACACACACAGCCACACGUAGCCACACACCCACACACACUCCUCUGUGGUCCCACCAAACCCAGUAGGACAGUCACUAAUCCUGCAGCACAUUUGCAAUCCGUAUAAGGACAACCUGAUACCCCCAGCAGGAUCCAGCCAAUACACACCACCCUUUAUACUCCUCACGCCUCUUAAAGCCUGGAAAUGUACGUGUCAGUGGGAACAGCUGCACUGCCGUCCAACACAGCCUCCUCUCUCACCUGACCCUGAAUCAGUUCUGAGUGCACCUCUCCCCCUGGAGAGGUUGUUAGGUGGGUGUAAUAUCUGCUGCUGGGUCAGUGAAUCUCAGUCCUGAGAAACCUCCCACAGAGCGUGAGUGAGUUGAUCCGUAUCGGAUCAUCACUGCACAGUAUGCACAGACACGGUCCCCAGCCUGUUCCCCUGGCCCCAGUGUGUCAAUGAACAGAGGUGGAGUAUUGAAGACAUCCGCAUUAUGUCAGUGAUACCAAGCUCGGCCAUUAGCGACUCUGAGAUGCGCUGGCCAACCUAACCCAAUCUGUCUCCAUUAAACGCAUCAGAAAUGCAACUGUAUAUGGCCUAUGGGAAUAUGUGUUUCCCAUCACUCUCCAGGAAUGAAUACCUGGCAUAUCUGGCUGACGUGCUCCUUCCUCUGGAGGGCCGCUCAGUUUACCCUGAAGCUCCAUGUGAAUCUGGUUGGGGCUGUUUCUGGGGCCUUGAGAAACACACUCUUUCCCAGCGCUGAGAGAGAUUCCACCGGGUCUCUUCCAUCACCAUGUCAUAUUGGUCUAAUGAAAAUCUCCCUCUUUUGAGGGGAUCCUCUUAAAUCUGCCAAAGGCCCGUGCUAACCAGAGGAUUUGGACUUUAGCGCUGGGGGACUUUAAUUUCAGCACUCUCAUAAGUCAUCACAGCCCAGCUCAAACAUUGAUAUGUGGCUUAUGACUGACUAGCAGUCUGUCGUAAGAUACUUUUUGGCUGGUGGUAGAGGGGAGGUUUGAGCGCCCGCUCUAGAGCAGUGAGAGGAUUGAGAAUGACAUGGUGGGAUCCUGUAAACAAAACCAGAUAGUAGGACGUAGAUGUGUCUUCAGACACAUCUGGUUGCAUUUUCUCUCGUCUAGGGCUCUAAAUCACAUACUUUUAGUAUGCAUCUUAUGUUACUCCCCUUCUUGAAGUCAUCACUGAUCUGACAUGACUAGAUACAGUAGAUGAGAGUUACACAAUGAAGCCCUUGCUUAUGCCUGCCCAAUAGUGUUAGAUCAGUGAAUGACAUCCAGAAAGGUAGAAUCAUGGAAAUGCAUGUUAGUAUCAAUACUAUUAGACCUUGUAGUCUUGAAGAAUCUUACUCAUAACCUCUCUGCUUUCCUUCCAGGUUCUACCGGGGUGACUAUCACAUUGACGUGUGUAUAAACGACUACCUGGACGUCUUCUGUCCCCACUACCUGGACUAUGUCCCUGAGGAACGGAUGGAACGCUAUGUCCUCUACAUGGUCAACUACGACGGCUACAGCUCCUGUGACCACACUGCCAAGGGCUUCAAACGCUGGGAGUGUAACAGGCCCCACUCCCCCAACGGACCCCUGAAGUUCUCCGAGAAGUUCCAGCUCUUCACCCCCUUCUCUCUGGGCUUCGAGUUCCGCUCUGGCAGAGAGUACUACUACAUCUGUGAGUAAAUGUAAUUAUUGACAUCUUUAUGGUAAUUUAGCACAUGCUUAUAUUCAACUAAACCUUCAAGUUAACAAAAGCAUUCAGUAUAAAGUAUGGUCCAUGCGGAAUUCAAACCCACAACUCUGCUGUUGCAAGCUCCAUGCCCCAACAAACUGAGUUAACACUGUUGUUACUACAGUAUUAUGAUAUGUGAUACAGGAAUGCUUUGCUUAGACAGAGAGCUACCACAGUUUUCCUGCAUGGUAUGGACAUUUAUGAUAUCAGUGGAGAGUUAAUAGAGUAUGUUGUGAGCUCAGGCUACUUGGGUAGAAUGCAACAUACUUAGAUGAUUCAAGGGUAUGAUGUGAGACAUUUUUUGUAGUCCAUCCAUGGAACUGACAAAGGGGAAACAAUAGCAGAGUAGAACUUGGUUUUGUAAGUCCUGGCAAAGAGGUUCAAAACCAAACAUUUGCCUGAGGGGAAAACAUCUCCGUUCUCGUGGUCUCCCUCUAAAGAGUCUUUGUUACAAACUCGCCAGGCACAGCUUUCUGCUGCUCGUGAGAAGGCCUCUGGAACACAAGCAUCUGAAGCUAUGUUUUUACAAGUGGAGUCGGAGCACCACAGGGCGGAGAGCUGAGACUAAAUAAGAGAGAGCAAGGGGCGUCCUGCUAGGCUACAGUAUGUCUCCUUCCCCCUACAGAGAUGCCUACGCUUCAGUAGCCUCAGCCUCAGCCGCACGCCUCAGACCCAAGCUGCCUGACAAAUCGCCAGUCCUUAAAGACACACGAUCUACUGAUUUGCUUAAUCUCCUAGGAUGUUAUUCUACUGGAUUGAAUGGACAAAGGGUGGUGUGGGGCUUCUGUGUAUAUCUGUGAGUAGGUAAUGGACUUUACCUUAGGAUGUCUAUCAGACUGUUUAAUGUGCAAAUAGGAGAGCCAAGAUUUCAAAAUAGCCAUCAAGUAUAUAUACAGUAGGGCUUUUAGAGUGAAACAAAGGGAGAGAGAAAGACAAAGAGAGACUGGCCACAUGUCCUAAAGGCAUUUCCCUCCUUGACUCAGAACUAUGAAUCAGCAGUUAGAGAUUCACUCAGAAAAUAGGCAGUUUUUCACCCAGAACAUUGAGAGGUGGAUGAAAUAACAAACAGAGGUGUACGUAAUCACACCCCGGGGAACAUACUGAGGUGUACACUAAUCUGCUCCAACAUCCUCUCAACUCUUGUCCCCCUAUGUAGUUCCAGAAAAGCUGUAUAUCUCACAGUAAACCAUGUGAUAUUAGUUUCAGUAUCACAUUGCAUGUGUCUGAUCUGUUAAGUAUAACAAAAUAGUUACAUUAUUAGAUGAUACUAGCACAUAUUGUAACACUACUGGACAAUGGAGCUGUGAACUUGCAACAAGCAAGUCAAAUGUUUGGGAGUUGACAUGUGCUGGUGUCAACGACUCAGCGCCAAACACAGACAGACAACCCUUUGUCCCCCCUAGGAGAAGAGAGGAACGGGUGCGGUGGGACACGGGUGGGUUAAAUCAAAUGAAUGACACCUGCGGUUGGUUGGCUCUGGGUCUCUCCGUUCGUCUGGCAGACAGACGCCUGCAGGAAGCCAUCAGGGGGAUCAGAAGGGGCGGCCUGGGGGGUCAGAGUUCAGCCUGUCCUGAUGUCUGGAUGUGAACCCGGGCUUCUCCCAGGCUUAGGGCUGCAUGUUUUUCUAAUAGAGCCAAUAGGGAAGUCUGAUCCUAAUCUCGGGGGAUAGAAAUCCAAUUUUCUGGGGAGACAGUUGAGAGUCUGGCUCUCCCUGUAUGACUGGGGCUGACUGUCUGCUGUAAAGCCCUGGCUUGAAAAGCCUAGGUUGUGCUCCGUACACAGUCUGAAGAUCUACAUAGAUAAUGAGAUGAACCCUGUUCAGACUUAAGUUACACGGCAUCUGAGCCCCUAGCUUUUGUCUGGUGUUGUGUAUGUCUGUGUGUGUCUGGUGGUGUGUAUGUGUGUUUGGGAGCAUCUGUGUGUGUAUAGUGUGCGUGCAUGUGUGACACGUUCAUGGGAUGGCUUGUGUUCAUGAGAGGACGUUUUCUGGGUUUGUACUUUAUGUGUAUACUCUAUGAGUGUCUGCAUGAGGUUUACUGUCCUCCAGUCCGUCUACUCUGCUCUGCUAGUUUCCUCUACUUGGCCGCAUGGCAUGACUAACCACAGAUCCAGUGUUGCAGCGCGUGAGGCAGGGUCGUAGAAAAGCAGUUUAUUGGCUGUGUGGUGUGUGUUGUGGAGCCCAGACUCUGUCUGUCUGGGAAUGGAAAGGGAGCUAGUGCAGUCUGGCCUGCGUGCCUGCCACUGUAGGGGUGUGAGGUAAGUUACACGAUACUCGCUGACACAGACAGAAGAGUCAUGAUUGACAACCCUGGCUGUUUUUUCCCCCACCACACUGCCAAUAUAACUCUCAUCAUCAAGUUUUAAAGACAAUUUUUAUCUUGUUUCAUAGUCACGCUAAGUGCUUUGAAAUGGGAAGCCCAGCCUUCUGCCGUGGAAAUACUGACAAGGCUAGUUUUUAUCUGGAAUUUACUGCCAGUAUCAUUCACUGGGAAGAAGUAGCAACGAGCAUGCCCCGCCCACCUGAGGAUCUGUCUUUUUCAGCCUAUUUCCUGUGUUUGGGGGGUGCAAAAUCCACUUGUCACUUAAAUCUCGCUGGAUUUAUUGCUUUCAUUUUACUCUUGCAACUCUUUCAUACUCUUGCGUGUGCUUGUCGUUUUUUUCCAUUAACGUUACGACUGCGGAAAUGUUUGUAAUCACCUGCCAAACACACCGGUAAUGGCUGAAAUGGGCUCAAUGGAAUACAUAGUCUUUCUGUUGCAUCUAUGAGAACAAUAAAGCUUUGUCAGGGAGUUAAUGCACCAUCUCGAAAACUGACAUCACAAGAAAGAUAACUUUAUUUUGAUGGGUGUACAUGUUUUGUGGAAUAAAAAAAUUUAUAAUAAUAAUUGAAUACAGUUGAAAUGUAUACAAAUGAGAUGCGCUGAAAUGAAAGCAACUUCCGAAAAUUAACACUCAGAUUAUAGUGAUAUUAUGUCUGAUCUCGCAAACACUGUAAAGUAUGUAUAGAUAGGUGUAACAUAGAGCCAAGCAUGUUGAUUUUUAAUCCAAGGGUAUCCUGCUAUUGACACACAUGAAACAGAACGUGACAACAACAAUAAUUAAUGAGGCAGUCUAGACAGUGCAGGUUAGUGCAGACAGGGUAGACAGAGCAAGUGUUUGGUGGUUGCAGCCCUGUUCAACCUCUUUAUGUUAAUAUAUGUGUUAAUAUAUGCAAAUAUCUUAUUCAUGCAAAUGAGGCACAUAUCAUUUUCUUUAUUUUAACCCAAAAUUUAAAACAAAAUACCUGAUACAAUAAGACAUUGUACAUAUGAGUGCAUUAUAAGAAUAGUUUUCUAUUUUAUAUUUUUUAUAAAUUGAAUACCUGAAUUCCCACCAAAAUCCCUGAACUCAUUAUUUGUUUGUGCGAGUAAAAUGUGUUAUGUGCUUUGUCAGUAUCUGAUGGAUUUUUUAAAUUCUAAAAGUUUGGAGUAUCUUGUUUUGAAAACCUUUUAACAAUUUCGAUGACCGUUGCUUGAAGAAGAGUAUCUCAGGAUAGAGGAUAGGCAAGCAAUAGAUCUCUUGUGUCAACUAACUCUCGAGCUCUGCGGGCAAGCGAGUCCUCUCCUCUCUCUCUCUCGUCUCUCUCUCUCUCUCGGUCUCUCUCUCUCCUCAUCUCAUCCUCUCUCUCUCGCUCUCUCUCUCCUCUCCUCCUAUCUCUCUCUCUAUCUCACUCACUCCACGCACUUCACUCACUCACUCACCUCACCACUCACUCACCUCACUCACUCACUCACUCAGCACUCACUCACUCACCUCACUCACUCACUCACUCACCACCUCAAACUCACUCACUCACUCACACACACACACCCCCACACACACACACACACACACACACACAGCAUGAUAGUGCCCUGAGGGGUGGGUGGGGGUUUAUGACUAGAUUAAGAGCAGCUUGAGACCCCAGGCAGGCCAGGAAAUGAUGGGGUCAGAACAUAGAGGCCCACAGAGCACUGUCUGGGUGGGGUGGGAGAGGAAGAGGCAUUCUAAAGAUGAAUACAAGCACGGGUCAGAGUCUGUCAAACUAGCAACAAGAACAAGAUCGCAGUCACAACCUACUUUCAGUAUAGAAGAGUGAUAGGGACUUCAGAACUAUUGCUUCUCAAGACAUCAGACAAUAUGAAAUCGCUGCAGUCUAGUUUGGUGAUUACGUCCUAGGUGACAUUGUCUAGUUGUUGACAGGUCAGAAGUUGGAGCGGCCUGAAUUGAAGUGACUUGCCACCAUUGGGAUUUAGUGAAGCAGCUGUCAUAUUCCAGUUACCCAGAGUAGAUGUCUGUCUAGCAGGGUUGUGCUACUUUACUGCUAAUAGAACCCAGUGGCAGGUGUUGAUGGCCUCUGCAGCCAAUCAAAUCUUUCAUAGCAGAUGGUGAUGUUACUCUGAGCAAUCAAUUUCUGUGUUGCAGAUGUUGGAGCCAAUACAAGUUUGAGUAGCAGGUGCAAACAGUUCUUUGAGCCAAUGGAAGUUUGAGUAUCAGAUGUGGAUGUUACUCGGGAGCCAAUCAAAAUUGAGGGGGGCAUGUGUUUUUGUUAUUUGAAUCUAAUGGAAGUUUAAGUCGCAUAUGUUGCCCUCACUCAGUAGCCAAUAAAAAUAUGUGUUUCAGGGUUUGUUUGGGGUGUGAUAGCUCUCUGUUUGACGUAUGUCUGUACAGAAUAGCUCUCGGUUAUUUGCUGUUAGCAUUAAAGUACGUAAGCAUUGUUCCUAACAUAUCUGAAAUGUUUUCACAGCAUCCACCGUUGCUGACAAUGGAAGGAGAAGUUGCCUACGACUGAAGGUGUUCGUCAGACCAGCAAGUAAGUGGAUUUCUGAAAUAAAUGUUAUAUUUCUCUCAAACUGUGAACAAACUUUUAAUGCAUUGUGUGAGAGUCCAAUAUCAAUUUUGGGCUCGCUGUGAAUGUUCACGUCCCACUCUCUCCUUUUGUUGCAGACAAUUGUGUGAAAACUGUCAGUGUUCACGAUCGGGUCUUUGACGUCAAUGAGAGGGUGGACAAUUCCCUAGAACCAAGAGGUUUGUAAGACACUAUAAACUGUGUGGGGGUAUGUGCCUGCCUGCAUGCUUGAGAGUGUCUGUGUACCCGGGUAUGACAAAUUAUAUUUCCUGAUACAGAAUUCCGAAGGGGCUCAUAUUUUCCCAUUGUUCCAACUGAAUGGAUAAGUCAGUCACAUAGGAAGUUGAUGGAAUGACAAAGCCACUACAUUUCGUACAUUAAUGUUUCAGUCGUUGCAGCUAAAUUAUGAUGUCUCUUGAUGUCUCAGUAAUUCUUAUCUCCUUCUCCUCUCUCCCUCCUCUCUCCCUCCAUCAUGUCCUCCCUCCAUCUAGAUGAUACCAGUCACGAAUCAGCCGAGCCAUCCCGAGGUGACGUCAACUCAGUGGGCCGGGUUCAGACCACCGGCCUGCUGGUCACCUCCGCCCUGGUUCUCUGGGCAGCCAUCUUGCCUUUA